GAGGUCGGAUUUUACUAGGGUUUUGGAGAGGGGAAGAGGUCGGAGAUCUUUCUAAAACCCUAGACUAUUUGUAUUCUCUUCUCUCUCGAAUCCUGCCACCAUGAGUAGAUCGGGCCAGCCACCGGAUCUCAAGAAGUACAUGGACAAGAAGCUUCAAAUCAAGCUGAACGCAAACCGGGUUAUAGUUGGCACUCUUCGUGGAUUUGACCAAUUUAUGAACCUGGUGAUUGACAAUACUGUGGAGGUUAACGGCAAUGAGAAGAAUGAUAUUGGAAUGGUGGUUAUCAGGGGGAACAGUGUAGUCAUGAUAGAAGCUCUGGAGCCAGUCGGCAGAACGCAAUAGCUUUUCAUUACUCGUAGUUUCAUGUUUUUGGACCAAAUGGCUGUCAAGCGUAUGAUUUAUGUACUCCAACGACUCAAUGACUUGUCCAGUCCAUUUUUUUUUUGUAUUUUUAUGCUAAAAUGACAAAUUUUGCUCCUUGGUAUGGAAAGAUGGAUUUGAUCUCCGGUGAGAGCCAUAAAGAAUUAGUGGCCUUUUUUUCCAACAA